AUGGGCGUGUUUGACCGCGGAGUUCAGAUGCUGCUGACCACGGUGGGGGCCUUCGCCGCCUUCAGCCUCAUGACCAUCGCCGUGGGGACAGACUACUGGCUGUACUCGCGCGGCGUCUGCAAGAUCAAGAGCACCAACGAGAACGAGACCAGCAAGAAGAACGAGGAGGUGAUGACACACUCGGGCCUCUGGAGGACCUGCUGCCUGGAAGGUUCUUUUAAAGGCAUGUGUAAGCAGAUAGAUCACUUCCCUGAGGAUGCUGACUAUGAGGCAGAUGCUUCUGAGUACUUCCUACGCGCUGUGCGAGCCUCCAGUAUCUUCCCCAUCCUGAGUGUGAUCCUGCUCUUCAUGGGGGGGCUGUGCAUCGCCGCCAGCGAGUUUUACAAGUCACGCCACAACAUCAUCCUGAGCGCUGGCAUCCUCUUCGUCUCCGCAGGUAUGAAUAACAUCAAGUUUACUGCCAUGGCCUACCGCGCUGCGCUAGAUAACAAGUUCCCCUCCAAGUCAAAAACGCACACCAAUGACAUUAAGCUAUGCCAUGCAAAGGUGCUGGCCUACUGUAACCACCUGGAGCAACGGAGGAUUCAUCGUGAGCUGUCCAUGUACACGCUGCCCAAAGGCCAAACCGGCACCCCGACAGCCACCUACAACUCCACGGAGAGGGACCACAACUUCCUGCAGGUUCACAACUGUAUCCAGAAGGACCUGAAAGACUCAGGCGGCCACAGCAACACCGCCAACCGACGCACCACACCUGUAUGA